CUUCAACCCCGGGAUUCGCCGGGCGUACCGCGAGCAGUCCAUUUUCCCCGGCCGGAGUUACCACGCGGCGAGUCUGCAGGUCGGCAAGUGCCUGAUCGCCGAGGCGGUCGUGAAUUUUGUGCAACUUCUCACUCUGGACGUGGAGCUCGCGUACCUCCCAACCGUCAGGCAAACGCGGCUACACUUCUCGCAGCACGCGCAAUGGCUCUGGAACACGUUCUUGAUCACGUUUGACCGCGUGGUGUUCAACACCGUCCUGACCCCGCGACGACUUGUAGACGACCGGGGAAUCUUGGCGAAGAGUCGGGAGCCGCCAAGGCUCCAGGCAGGAACACAGAUCAAAGAAGAAAAACGAACCGGGUUCGAAACCCGGGUCCUUGCUGGCAU